AUGGAGAAACAGAUUAAUAAAACAAACUUGAACUUGACUUGCGUGACAAUCUCUAAGAGCCCUAUCAGUGACUUCCUGAUGGGCAUCUACAUCCUGGCCUUCAUCCUGGGCUUGGCCUUUAACCUCUUGACCCUUGGCCCCAUCGUCCAGCAGGUCCGCAGCCAGAACGUCCUGGGGGUAUUCCUGCUCAACCUGUCCAUGUCUGACCUGCUCUAUAUCCUCACCAUGCCUCUCUGGAUCAACUACUACCACCGGGACCACCACUGGAGCCUGGGCAGCCUCUCCUGCAGCGUGGCCGGCUUCUUUUACUACUCCAACAUGUACCUUAGCAUCUACCUGCUGUGCUGCAUCUCUGUGGACCGCUGCCUGGCCGUCACCUACCCCCUGAGGACCAAGGCCUUCCGCAGCGCGCGCUACGCCUGGGUGCUGUGUCUGGCCGUGUGCGUGACUGUCAUGUCCGGACACGGCCUGGUGUUGUUCAAGGACAACCUGCAGGACGCCCACGACGACACGCAGGACCGCUGCUACGAGACCUACCCCAUGCCGCAGCCCGUGGCCCUGUUCAACCUGCUGCGGGUGGGCAUCGGCUUCCUGCUGCCCCUUCUGGUGCUGGGGCUGUGUUACUGGAGGAUCCUGGGCCAGGUGAAGCAGAGCGAGGGGCUGGGGGAGCAGGCUAAGAGGAAGGUACGGCUGCUGUCCAUCGGGGUGAUCGGGAUAUUCUCUGUGUGUUUCGCCCCCUACCACCUCCUCCUGCUGACCCGCUCCCUGGCCUACUACCACAUGGACGAACAUAGGUACUGUGAGUUUGAGCAGAACAUGCACUUCCCCUUCUCGUGCACGCUGGCCCUGUCCAGCCUGAACAGUGUGGUGGACCCAGUGCUGUAUGUGCUGGUCAGUAACGGGGUGAGGGAGGACAUGAGACUGUGCUGCUGUGGGAACAGACAGGGUCAGAAGGAGAGAGACAGUCCCCUCACCACUGUAACAUGGAAGACAGAUAAUACAAGCCUGAUCUGAUUACAUACUGUGUGUGUUUGUAUGCAGUGUUGGGUAGGUUACUUUCUAAAUGUAAUCCAUUACAGUUACUAGUAACCUGUCCAAAAUUGUAAUCAGUAACGUAACUUUUGGAUUACCCAAACUCACUUUCAGUUACUUUUGGAUUACCUUCCCUUUAAGAGGCAUUAGAAGAAGACAAAAAGGAUCCAUCAAAUGCAUUUGGUGUGUCAUCAUAGUGGUCCCUGACUCGCUCAGGUGGAACAAACUGAUGCUUUUUCAAUGCUGAAUUGAAUGUCAUUGAGAAAACAGAAAGGUGUCAUAAUGUAUUUGUUUUGCAAACAUCCUUUCUGAAUUUAAAAGUAAUCUAAGAAGUAAUCAUGUUGUUUUUCAAGAGUAUCUGUAAUCUGAUUACAAUAUCUUUGCUGGUAACGUAACUGAUUAAAGUGACAGUUUUUUUUGGUAAUCAGAUUACAUGUAACUUUGAGCGUGUGUGUUGAAAAUAUAUGCCCUUCAUCUAUUGCAGUAAAUCCAUUCCGUGCACAUUGUAAAAAGGACAGCAUGUUUGUCUGUGUGACUUCAGUAACAUGUUAUUUCAUAUCAACCCACUUUCAUGGACAAUCAGUCAAUCAGGUUGUUUUUAUAAUGUUCAAAGAAAAGCCUUUGUGUACUCCCGAGUGGCGCAGUGGUCUAAGGCACUGCAUCGCAGUGCUAGCUGUGCCACUAGAGAUCCUGGUUUGAAUCCAGGCUCUGUCGUCGGAGCCGGCCGUGACCGGGAGACCCAUGGGGCGGCGCACAAUUGGCCCAGCCAGGGAUGUUGGUAGAGCAUGGCGUUUGCAACGGCAGGGUUGUGGGUUCGUUUCCCACGGGGGGGCAGUAUGGAUAAGAGCGUCUACCUAAAUGUAAAUGUGUAGUUUUUCUAAAAUACUGCUUGAUGAUGAGGAUGGGUAUUCAUUCAUAUGCAUCAUGUGCUUUAAUUGGAGCUUUAUAUUAAUGCCUGUCCUCAUUGGUAUCGAAAAUCCUUUCAAAGGCCAUCCGCUUGAAGGGCCCUUGUAUCUCUUCAGGUCUGCCACUGGUUUUUAUUAAUAUGUGCUUGGUUUACAAAUGAACCUUUAUGUUCUAAUUUGCCUGUUUGUGGACCGACAUAAAUCAGAAGAACAUUUGUCAAUUUCAUAUUUAUCCAAAACUAAAUCUAUGUAAUAAACAGUGCUGGUGUUGAAAUCAUAGAAAAUACAGUACUGGACAUUGAAGCCAUGUUGUACAAUUGUCCAUCCAAGAAACAAAAAAGGAACUACCCAAAUGUGCAUAUUUCUUCAUACGUGUACAUGUACAAUUCCAUUAUCGGACAAAUCAGUUCCCCUCUCAGUCCCUCAAGGUGAAAUAUAAAAAGAGGAUAACAAAAAAUAAUGAACUUCCUCAUCAAUUGAGACACUUAGUCAAUACAGCUUUUUAACUCAUGAUCUGAACAUGAGAGAUGACUGUAGACCCUCGCUUUGAUUAAGGUGUGUGUUGUGGCUGUGGGGAUGGGACUUACUGUUGUUCCUCUGUCCCCGGGUGGGGGUUGGGGGUGGGGUGGGGUAUUUGUGGAUCUCAUGGUUUCCAUCGUAGUGGUGGUCCAUAUGGUCCUUACGGUCUGGAUAAGAGCUCUCUGGUGCAGAUGAGGAAAGCUGAACAGAAGACUCUGGAGACGCUGUGGCUCACGGAGAGCAUGGCUCUAAUCCGCCUCACAGCUAACAUACAGCAAAAUGGGCCGUAA